CAUCCCAAAACCAAGUAGGCUACAAAACCUUUGCUCUCUCUCUCUCUCUCUCUCUCUCUACUGUUCAAGGACCAAGUCCACUUCAAUCCGUCCAACUCCCAUAAAAAGCUUGCAGUUUAGGAGGCAUGCGAGGAUCAGCCCAGAGAUCAUCAUCAGACGUUCUUGGAGUAGUAGUUCCUGGGGCGAAUUUGGCAUAGUAUUUCCACUGAUCAAUACUAGUCAACUCUUAAUUAGGCGCUACUCGUUCGCGUUUUGUGUCAGUGUCAAUCUAACAACUGAUCAAGAAACUCAAUUUUCGGAAGUUGUACUGUGUAGAAAACUGAAGUAGCCAGCCAUGAUGGAAGGAUUAGAGAUAUAUGACGAUGUUAAAAGUACCGACAGGAGUACUGAGGAACAGGCUGAAAAUGCCUCUGCAGUGUCUUCACAAAGGUGCUCAUCGUUUGACUUGAAUGAGGAAGCCUGUAGCGAAGUGGGUGAUAGUAUGGCCGAAGUAGCUGAACUCAGCAUUGAUGAGGAUAAUGAUCAGAUCAAAAGAAGGGAUAGGAAUUCAGCUAAUUAUAAUGACCCCUCCGGCUCCGGCGCAGGAUCAGGAAAUGAAAGGAUCAAGACUAAAGUCAGGCAAUAUGUUAGAUCCAAAAUGCCUCGGCUUCGUUGGACCCCUGGGCUCCAUUUCUCCUUUGUUCAUGCCGUCGAAAGGCUCGGCGGACAAGAGAGAGCAACUCCCAAGUUAGUUCUUCAGCUAAUGAAUGUGAGAGGACUUAGUAUUGCCCACGUAAAGAGUCACUUGCAGAUGUACAGAAGUAAGAAGCUUGACGAGGCUGGGCAAGUACUGGGUCAAACAUACAGACCCCUGCAAGGAAGGAAUCACAUGCAAGGAAUUUUGAACCAAAUAACCAGCAGUAGUACUACGUCGACUCAUCAACACUUCAGAAUGGAAAAUGGUGGGAUAGUUCUUUCACGACAUUCAGAUGGGAAUAAUGUUGCUCAUGAUCUUUUGCAGUCACCCCUCUCCCGACCAUCAUUAGACAUCAAAGCUAGCUUCGCAAGGCAGCAGCAGUGGACUACUAAUCAGCAUGACAUAAGAAGGGAAAGUUAUCUAAUAAGGAAAGAUCUUGGACGAGACAAGGGUUUGAGCAGCUCAGCAGCCUUCCAAACUCAAGCAGGCUGGUCAACAGCUCCAAACCAAAUUCAUAAGGUACUGGACACAAACAUUGGUAUUGGACCCAUGAGACCUAGCCAAUUUCUUGAGGAAAAGAGAUGGCCUCCAUUCGAAACGAUUAGUACUAGUCAAUGGAAACUGAAGAGGAGUACUCCUACCAAUACUGCUUAUACGCGGGAUAAUGCUAUCACCAAGUUCGUUGGGGAAACCUACAUGAGUACAAGGCCAACUGAAAAAUGGAACCGGCCUGCAGGAAACCUCACAAAGGAUAGGCAGUUCCCUUCAAGCUCUUCAGAUGAUCUGGUCAGAAAUUCCAAUGGCUUUAAACCAGAGUUCGAGCCCCCAUUUCGGCUUGGGCUGAAUCGAGAAAAGAUGUCAAUGGACAAAGAAUGGCUCCCCGACUUGCAACUAAGACUUAGCCAAAGGGUCGGGAACGAGGAUGAGAUCAAGAGUACUCGAGGCACAGCAACUCAUGAAAUUAGCACUAAGCUUUCGCUCUCUUAGAUUACAUUUGUCACGCAACUUGCACGAUCUAGUUACAAAGCUCAUAGAGAUUACAGACACAAAAAUGUUGUGUACGUCGUAACACAACAAGGCCAAAUUGGGAGUGAGUACUUGGGAUUUGACUAUGUAAAAAAAAAAUACAAUAGGAGUGAUCAAAUCGAUUGUUUUAAGUGCUUGUCCUAAGUCCAUUAGACGUACCAGAUAAAUGUUUUUGUUGAUUCCUCGGACAGUGUUAGUUUUGCAUAAAGCUAGGUAAACGCAAGAUU